AUGGCAGAAACUGCUCCAGCUGCAGCCGCCCCACCGGCCAAAGCGCCCAAGAAGAAGUCCGCCGCUAAAGCCAAGAAAGCAGGUCCAGCUGUCGGUGAUCUGAUCAUUAAAGCCGUGUCCGCAUCCAAGGAGAGGACCGGCGUGUCUCUCGCUGCUCUGAAGAAAGCUCUCGCUGCCGGCAGCUACGACGUGGAUAAGAAAAAUGUCUCAGUGAACUCCCACAUCAAGCUCGCCAUCAUCCUGCUGCAGGUCAAAGGAACCGGCGCCUCUGGAUCCUUCAAGAUCAGCAAGAAGCAGAACGAGACCAAGAAGAACCCGGCAAAGAAAGCGACUCCUAAAGCGAAGAAGCCCACGGCCAAGAAACCCGCUGCUGCCAAGAAGCCCAAGAGUGCAGCGGCAAAUAAGCCCGCUGCUAAGAUAUCACCCAAGAAGGCCAAGAAACUCGCCACAACUAAGAAGGCCACAAAGAGCCCCAAGAAGGCGAAGAAUCCCGCGGCGCCCAAGAAAGCAGCCAAGAGCCCCAAAAAAGACCAAGACCGUGAGUCCAGCGAGGCUUAUCUGGUCGGUCUGUUCGAGGACACCAAUCUGUGCGCCAUCCACGCUAAGAGAGUCACCAUCAUGCCCAAAGACAUCCAGCUGGCCCGCCGCAUCCGCGGAGAGCGCGCUUAA